CCAGGAUGGAGACAGUGAAUGCUGAGGCCCUGCUGCCCAUUCUGCUGGGGCUGCUGCUGGCCGUCACCCCGGGGACUCUGAGUGCCAACCCUGGCCUAGUGGCCAGGAUCACCGGCAAGGGCCUGGAGUAUGCGGCCAAGGAGGGACUGCUAGCCCUGCAGAGAGACCUGAGCAAGAUCACCCUGCCGGACUUCACCGGGGACUUCAAAAUCCGCCCCAUAGGCCGAGGACACUAUGACUUCCACAGCCUGGAGAUCCACAGCUGCGAGCUGCCACACUCCACCCUGAAGCCCCUCCCCGGCCAGGGCCUGAGUCUCUCCAUCUCCGAUUCCUCCAUUGGGGUCCAGGGCAGGUGGAAGGUGCGAAAAUCUUUUGCGAAGCUCCAGGGCUCCUUUGACCUGCUGGUCCAGGGCCUCACCAUCUCCGUGGACCUCCUCCUGGGCACCGGCCCCUCAGGGAGGCCCACGGUCACUGCCCCCCGCUGCAGCAGUCGCAUCUAUGAUGUUGACGUGGACAUAUCUGGAAGUCUGGGGUGGCUGCUGAGUCUCUUCCACAACCAGAUCGAGUCCAGGUUCCGAAAAGUGCUGGAGGACAAGAUUUGUGAAAUGGUCCAGAAAUCAGUGGCCUCCGACCUGCAGCCUUACCUCCAAACCCUGCCAGUCACCGCCAAGAUUGACAGCCUCGCGGGCAUCGACUACAGCCUAGUGGAGGCCCCUCAGGCCACAGCCCAGGCACUGGACAUGAUGUUCAAGGGUGAAAUCUUCAAUCUCCACAAUCGCUCUGAGGUGGCAGCACACGCUCCAGUCAUGAGCCUUCCCGAGGAUCACGAGAAAAUGGUCUACUUUGCCAUCUCCAGCUAUGUCUUCAACACCGCCAGCCAUGUUUAUCACCAGGCCGGCUACCUUAGCUUCUUCAUUACAGAUGACAUGAUCCCGUCUGAUUCGACCAUCCGCCUGACCACCAAGUCCUUCCGAGCCUUCGCCCCCCGGAUAGCCAGACUAUACCCCAACAUGAACUUGGAGCUCCAAGGAGCAGUGGUCGCUGCUCCGCUCCUCAACUUAAGUCCUGGGAAUCUGUCCCUGGCGCCACAGAUGGACAUCCAGGCAUUUGUGCUGCUGCCCAGCUCUGUCCAGGAACCUGUUUUCCGACUUGCUGUGGGCACUAAUAUAUCCGCCAUGCUGACCUUGGACACGAACAAGGUCACAGGGUUCCUGAACCCGGGAAAGCUACAAGUAGAACUGAAAGAAUCCAAUGUUGGAAUGUUCAAUGUGGAGCUGUUGGAAGCACUCCUCAACUACUACCUUCUCAACACCCUCUACCCUCAGGUCAACGAUAAAUUGGCCAAAGGCUUCCCCCUGCCUCUGCUAAGCCGUGUCCAGCUCUACGACCUUGCUCUCCAGAUCCACAAGGACUUUCUAUACUUGGGUGCCAAUGUCCAGUACACAAGAGUUUGAGAGUCAGAAGAAAAACAGGUCUUGGAGGCCACCGCUGGAUGGGCCUGCUUCGUUUCCAGCUGUGUGGCACAUCUCCAGAGCAUUUCAGAAGACAGGGAUAUUUCUGUUCUCAGCUCUGAGGAGCUCUGCCCUCUUCCUCUUCAUCAAGUUUACCCACCCAUCAUCUCCCUGAUCCAGGACUCAAGUCUCCUCCAAAAAGGACCUUCUCUGAACUGACCUGUGAAGUUGCUAAGAUCAGGCAUUAUACUGUUUUGUAUGCCUGUAUACCAAUACCAGGACUUGAACUCA